UUAACACAGAGUCAGCGUUUUUCCUGUCGACCAAUCAGAACGCUGUGCGCUUCGUGCGUUGAGGAAAACAACAUCCUCUGUAACAGCACGAGGGAGCGGCCCCAAAAAACUCACCCGAAACUGUCUCCCAAACAAAACUCACACGUAGCCUAGAGUUGUACAGUUUUGUUAGACAGUGUAAAUAUUUUAAUCCUUUUUAUUUCGGCAAACUUCUCAUUCACGUCGGUGCUACUUAAUUGAAGCUAUAACAUGACAAAAAUCCUGUUGGCCAGCAGCGUCAUUAAAACUCUGAGACAAGUUGGCAGAAGAGCAGGAAACACGUGGCUGAGACAAACUACUCAACUUUUUAGUGUCAAGGCCCAGACGGCCCACCUGGUCUUGGAGGAUGGCACCAGGAUGAAAGGAUUUUCCUUUGGGCAUGAUGCCUCUGUAGCUGGGGAACUCGUCUUCAAUACUGGCCUGGUGGGGUACCCUGAGGCCCUGACUGACCCCAGCUACAGAGGUCAGAUCCUGACCCUGACCUACCCUAUUGUGGGAAACUAUGGGAUACCCAAGAGCGAGGAGCUGGAUGAACUGGGCCUGAGAAAAAAUUUGGAGUCAGACCGCAUCCAGGUAUCUGGUCUUCUUGUUCAGGACUACAGUCACGAGUACAGCCACUGGAACUCUGUCAAGUCUUUGGGACAAUGGCUACAAGAAGAGAAGAUUCCUGCACUGUUUGGAAUAGACACCAGAAUGCUGACCAAGAUAAUCAGAGAUAAGGGCACAGCUUUGGGGAAGAUUGAAUUUGAUGGGCAGCCUGUUGAGAUAUCCGACCCCAACCAGAAAAACCUGAUAGAAGAGGUCUCAACCAAGGAAACCAAAGUUUUUGGAAAAGGAAACCCAAUAAAAGUGGUGGCUGUUGACUGUGGUAUUAAACAUAACAUCAUUCGCCUGCUGGUUAAGAGGGGUGCAGAGGUCCACCUCGUACCGUGGGAUCAGGACUUGCAGAUUCUAGAAUACGACGGCCUAUUCAUCUCCAACGGACCAGGAGAUCCGUCUCUGGCAAAGACACUCAUCCACAAUGUCCGCAAGGUGCUGGAGAGUGAUCGUCCCCAGCCGGUGUUUGGGAUCUGUAUGGGCAACCAGAUCACUGCUCUGGCUGCAGGAGCUCAGUCAUAUAAGCUACCUAUGGGCAACAGAGGCCAGAACCAGCCGGUGCUGAAUGUGAUGACGGGCCAGGCCUUCAUUACGGCGCAGAACCACGGCUACGGCAUAGACAGCGAGUCCCUGCCUCCAGGGUGGAGCCCGCUUUUCAUCAACGCCAAUGAUGGCACCAAUGAGGGCAUCAUGCACAACACUAAGCCUGUUUUCACGGCCCAGUUCCACCCGGAGGCUAAAGGCGGUCCCACCGACACAGAGUUCCUCUUUGAUGUCUUCAUGUCCCUGAUCAAGAAAGGAAAAGAUGCCAAUAUAGUUUCAGCCAUGCCGAAGAAACCCCCCACUCCUCCCAGAGCCAAGGUGUCAAAGGUGCUCGUACUGGGUUCCGGUGGUCUGUCUAUCGGUCAGGCUGGAGAGUUUGACUACUCUGGAUCUCAGGCCAUCAAGGCCUUGAAGGAGGAAAACCUGAAGACGGUGCUCAUGAACCCAAACAUAGCCUCGGUUCAGACCAAUGAGGUGGGCACCAAGCAGGCCGACUCCGUCUACUUCCUGCCGGUCACGCCACAAUUUGUAACUGAGGUCAUCAAGACUGAGCGUCCAGACGGCAUCCUGCUCUCCAUGGGUGGACAGACUGCACUCAACUGCGGAGUUGAGUUGUUCCAGAGUGGAGUCCUGGAGCAGUACGGGGUGAAGGUCCUAGGAACCCCGGUAGAGUCCAUCAUGGCCACAGAGGACAGACAACUGUUUGCUGACAAACUGAUGGAGAUUAAUGAGAAGAUUGCACCCAGUUUUGCUGUGGGGUCGGUAUCUGAUGCCUUGAAAGCAGCAGAGCAGAUUGGCUACCCAGUGAUGUUACGGUCAGCCUAUGCCCUUGGUGGUCUGGGAUCUGGUCUGUGUGCCAACAAAGAGAAGCUGGAGGAAACUGCCCACAAGGCUCUGGCUAUGAGCAGUCAGAUCCUGGUGGAGAAGUCUUUGAUGGGCUGGAAGGAGGUGGAAUAUGAGGUGGUGAGAGACGUGGCCGAUAACUGCGUCACCGUCUGCAACAUGGAGAACUUCGACCCACUGGGCAUUCACACAGGUGACUCCAUAGUGGUGGCACCGAGCCAGACAUUGUCCAACGAGGAGUACCACAUGCUCCGUGAGACGGCCAUCAAAGUGGUUCGUCACCUUGGCAUUAUAGGCGAAUGCAACAUCCAGUACGCCCUACACCCGGCGUCCCUGGAGUACUGCAUCAUUGAGGUUAACGCCCGGCUCUCCAGAAGCUCCGCUCUGGCAUCGAAAGCCACUGGGUAUCCCUUGGCUUUUGUUGCCGCUAAGCUGGCUUUGGGUAUCCCCCUACCGGAGAUCAAGAACGCUGUAUCGGAGAAGACCACGGCCUGCUUUGAACCCAGUUUAGACUACAUCGUCACCAAGAUCCCCCGCUGGGACCUGGACCGCUUUCAGGGCAUGUCCCAUGAAAUAGGCAGCGCCAUGAAGAGUGUCGGAGAGGUGAUGGCAGUUGGCCGGACCUUUGAGGAGAGUGUGCAGAAGGCCCUGAGGAUGUGUCAUCCAUCAGUGGAUGGCUUCGUGCCCCGGCUGCCACUCAAGAAGGCCUGGGCCGACACCCAGGACCUGCAACAGGAGCUCGCUGUGCCGUCCAUCACCCGCAUCUUCUCCCUCGCCAAGGCCCUCCACAGCGGUAUGAGUGUUGAUCAGAUCCAUCAGCUGACGUCCAUAGACAAGUGGUUUCUCCACAAACUCUACAGGAUAACACAGCUGGAGAAACACCUGGGAAACUACAACAGUGGCACAGUACCGAAGGAGCUGCUGCUGAAGGCUAAACAAGACGGCUUCUCAGACCUGCAGGUUGGUCAGAUACUGGGCUCCAAUGAGAGUGCAGCCAGAGAGCUGAGGCUCACUCACGGCAUCAGACCCUGGGUCAAACAGAUUGACACCUUGGCAGCAGAGUAUCCAGCCAUGACCAACUACCUGUAUUGUACCUAUCACGGUCAGGAGAAUGAUCUGGAAUUUAAAGACCAGGGAAUUAUGGUUCUUGGUUGUGGGCCCUACCACAUUGGGAGCAGCGUGGAGUUCGACUGGUGUGCGGUGUCCAGCAUCAGAGCUUUGAGACAGAUGGGCAAGAAGACGGUGGUGGUCAACCACAACCCUGAGACGGUCAGCACCGACUUUGACGAGUGUGACCGCCUUUACUUUGAGGAGUUGACCCUGGAACGCAUCCUGGACAUCACCCAACAGGAGGGUUGCUCUGGCAGCAUUGUGUCAGUCGGAGGCCAGAUCCCCAACAACCUGGCCGUCCCGUUGUACCUCAGUGGGGUGAAGAUUCUGGGGACGAGCCCCCUGCAGAUCGACCGGGCUGAGGAACGCUCCGUCUUCUCCAGGAUACUAGAUGACCUCGGGGUGGCCCAAGCCCCAUGGAGGGCCCUCAGUUCCCUGGAAGAUGCCUUUAACUUUGCCAACCAGGUGGGCUACCCCUGUCUGCUGCGCCCCUCCUAUGUUCUCAGUGGCUCUGCGAUGAACGUUGCGUACGGAGAAGAGGAGAUGAAACGCUUCUUGGAGGAGGCCACACAGGUGUCCCAGGAGCAUCCAGUGGUCAUCACCAAGUUCAUCCGCGGUGCCAGGGAGGUCGAGGUGGAUGCUGUGGCCAAAGGUGGAAAGGUUCUGGUCCACGCCAUAACCGAGCAUGUGGAAGAUGCGGGGGUACACUCAGGAGAUGCCACUCUAAUGCUACCAACCCAGUCUAUUAGCCAGGGGGCGCUAGAAAAGGUUAAAAUUGCCACCCGGAAAAUUGCACAGGCAUUUGAAAUUUCGGGGCCCUUUAACACUCAAUUUCUGGUUAAAGGCAAUGAUGUCAUGGUGAUAGAGUGUAAUCUGCGGGCGUCGCGCUCCUUCCCCUUUGUAUCGAAAACAAUCGGUGUGGACUUUAUCAAUGUGGCAACCAGAGUGAUGGUGGGAGAGCCGUUGGAUGAGGCCAGCAUGCCCUCGCUGGACAGACCUUUCAUACCUGUAGACUACGUUGGCAUCAAGGCACCCAUGUUCUCCUGGCCACGGCUGAGGGAUGCAGACCCUGUGCUUCGCUGUGAGAUGGCUUCCACUGGAGAAGUAGCUUGCUUUGGACCAAACAUUUAUUCAGCGUUCCUGAAGGCUAUGCUCUCCACAGGCUUUAAGCUACCGAAGAAAGGCAUCCUGAUUGGGAUUCAGCAUUCGUUCCGACCCAAUUUCCUGGCUACAGCCCACCAGCUGAAAGAGGAAGGAUUCAAGCUCUAUGCUACCGAAGCCACUUCUGCCUGGCUGUGUGCCAAUGAUGUGCCUGCCACUCCAGUUGCCUGGCCCUCUGAUAAGGAAGAAGACACCAGUUUGCCCAGUAUUAAAAGACUCGUCAGCGAGGGUCAUAUUGACCUGGUGGUCAACUUGCCCAAUAACAACAGUCGCCACCUGAAAGAUAACUUCCUCAUCCGCAGACUGGCUGUCGACCACGGUGUUGCCCUCAUCACCAAUUAUCAGGUGGUGAAACUGUUUGCGGAGGCGAUCAGCCAUUCGGGUGAGCUCGACACUACCAGCCUCUUCCACUACCGAGAGAAAGAAAGGCAACGAAGAGGUACUAACCAGCAGGGCUAAAGCUUCCUACCAUUCCCCUUGGUUUCCUUUGUAAAACAGCAAUAUUAAAUCGGAGCAAAUGUUCGUAGUAUUGUUUCUUAAACAUUCAGUUUUACCAUCCCAUGGUGUCAAGGAGUAGAGUUAUUUUAGUGGAAGGGGUUGUAGUCCUGUCAGUUUCCCUAGACCAAAAUACAAAGACUCACGAUGUUGAUGCAUCAUGACAGAUUGGUACCACUGUUUUGACACUGUUCAAGAUUCCCUUUUGACGGGGUUUAUAAGUUGUAACAAGUUUUUAAAUACUUGUCAGUAAAUUAAUUUACAAAUGCUUUAAAGAUCAGCUAUAAACCAUUAAAAAACAAACAACUUUUGGGUCACCGGAGGACUAUUAAACAAAAGCAGAAUUAAGAAAUCCAGAAUAAGAGAGAAAGCGAGGCUAGACCUCGUCUAAUCAGUGCAUCCUGGCUUUAUACGUUGGCCAAACCUGGCUGAGGAGGUGCGACUAGUUCGUGCUCUGAACAACUAAAAAGACUAAACAAGUGUCAUGCUGGAGGAGGAUAAACACCAGCCACAGAAGAGUUUCACAACCUGGCAAUCCAAAAGUUGUUCUUAUUAAUGGCUUAUAAGUGAGCUGCAAAGUAUUGAAGAAUGACUUAUUAUUAAUAAAUAGUUACAACUUAUAACCCCCUUAUAAAGGGUGACUUAUUAUAAAGUGGUACCAGAGAGGGUUUUAAUUCAUAAUUCAUUCACCUUGUGUUGCUGGUGUGUUAGUGUUGUAUUUUUUCACUUUAAUUUAUGAUUUUUCUUUUCCUUUCUUUUUUUGAAUCUGUAAAUGUGAUGCAAUGACAUUUUUUUCCAAUUUCUCAGCUCUCCCUGGGCUCAUUGUAAUACCUAUGAUUUGGGCAGAUUUCUGGUUCAGACUACACAAAUAUUUUGUCGGUUACGAUGGUCACUAUGUCAGAUUAGGCAAUUGAGAGUAAUAAAUUAUUGUCGUGACUUGGCCGAGAGACAUGACAGACUAAACGUUGGUCCCCAACCAAUCAUAGCUGGUCGUCUUUCAUGACGUGCUUGAUGCCACUGGCAGUAGCCAUAGAAAAUAAAAUAGGAGUAGAAGGGUCAUUGAACUGUUUGCUGUGGUUAUUUGACAAGUGGGUAACAUAAUGCAGUAAAUGCAAAGACAUAACGACGGAGGAAAAAGAUGAGGCCGUUGGGAAUAUGAAAAUUAUCCUCAGCCAUAUUAUAAAAUGACGGGAAAAAAAAACAAUAAAUUACUAAAAUAAACUACAAUACAUUAGCUUAUUAUGCACCGAAAAAUUCACUUCCAUGGCCAUGGCUAUAAUCUGGCUGAUAUCGUGUAGUCUGAACCAGACAUAGAUUUCAAAUUAUGUUGGAAAAGUAUUAUAUAGGAAAUGUAUUAUAUAGUAAACAUGUACUAUAUGUAUGACUUUUAAGAAGAUAAGAUAGCUGAAAUUAAGGUAAUUUGGAUAAUUUUAUUUUUGAGAACUCCAUCAUGGAACCCCAAGACUAAAGGUUUGAAGUUAAUGACAACUUUAUAUAUUUAUAUAUUUGGAUUUAUGUGUGUGUAUAAACUGUACUGUAUCUUUCACACUCUAACUAUGCAUUGUAUAGCAAUAAUCCCUCACUCUUACAUGUUGUUGUUCCUGUUAUGGUUCUUUAAGAAUCCACUGAAACGCAAUGAAGUCUUAUCUCACAUGA